AUGGGAAAUAGUGAAGACGGGAAGGAUUCUAAGCCUGAGAAAUCAUCCCCGCCGGCAAUGGACCAGCAUAAUAUACAUGUAUUUCCUGAUUGGGCCAAGAUGCAGACUUACUAUGGUCCUCGACUUGCUGUACCUCCAUAUCUAAACUCAGCCGUUACUUCUGGUCAUGUCCCUCCCCCCUAUAUGUGGGGACCACCACAGGCUAUGAUGCCACCUUAUGGGCCUCCAUAUGCGGCAUUCUAUGCACAUGGUGGCAUUUAUGCACAUCCCGGAGUUCCUAUCGCUGGUACUCCUUUGAGCAUGGAUGCACAAGCAAAGUCGUCCGAGAAUACAGAUGGAAGCUUGGUGAAGAAGUUGAAAGAAUUUAAUGGGCUUGCUAUGUCAAUAGGCAAUGCUGACUCUGAUGUUGCUGAAGAUGGAUCCAACCCUAGAUUGUCAAAGAGUGGGAAAACUGAAGAUUCUAGUGAUGGAAGUAAUGGGAUUACUGCAGGGGUUGGUCCCAGAGGCAAGAAAAGAAGUCGGAAGGAAACUCCUAUCAAUGCUGUAGACGGCAGUGCUCAAACACAUAACAGUACUAUGGAUAUGGUUGUGCCUGAAAAGUCUACGGAAAAUGUCUCCACAGCUUUAGAACUCAAAGAUCUGUCUUACACAAAUGUGAAGUCCGUUCCAACUAAAUUGCCUCAACCAUCCAAGACAAAUGAAGCCGGACUGCACAAUGAGCGGGAUUUGAAACGAGAGCGAAGGAAACAGUCUAAUCGAGAAUCUGCUAGAAGAUCAAGGUUGAGGAAACAGGCUGAGGCUGGGGAGCUGGCUACGAAGGUUCAAAUGCUAAGUAAUGAGAAUUUUACCCUCAAAUCUGAGAUAAAUAAAUUUCUGGAGAACUCGGAUAAACUGAAGGUCGAGAAUGCCACGUUAAUGGAGAAACUAAAAUAUGCACAACUAGGCCAAACAGAGAUAAGUCUACACAAAAUUGAUGAUCCAAGGCUGAAACCAACUGGCACGGCAAAUCUGCUAGCAAGAGUUAAUAACUCUGACAGAAAGAAUGAGGGCGAUACUUAUGAGAAUAAAAGCUCGGGAACAAAGCUUCGUCAGCUCCUGGACGCUAACCCGAGGACUGAUGCUGUGGCUGCCAGCUGA